UAGAUAUUAUAACGUUUUAGAAAUAUAAACAUGGGGAUGUAUAACCCUAACAUGGUGAAAAUACCCUUGGAGACCUUUACAUACAACAAUCAGAGUGAUGUUAUCAAGGGCGCACAAGUCAUCCGGAGUUCAAAAUGGAACAAGGAUUCACAGAGAUACAAAUUUACGGAGUAUUUAGAAGAUGACUGCAGAACCAUUUAUGAUGCUUUCAGACGAGGAGCAGCAAAGUCUAAUGGUGGGAUCUGUCUUGGCUGGAGGAACACUCAUCUUUUACCCUAUCAGUGGUUGACCUACGAAGAAGUUUUGCUUAGAGCCCAAAAUUUUGGUUCAGGUCUAAUCUCAAUGGGAUUACAGCCAGGUCUACACACCAUGGUCGGAAUAUAUUCAAGGAACUGUCCUGAAUGGGUGAUUUGUGAGCAGGGACUGUUCACCUACAGCAUGGUGUCUGUUCCCCUCUACGAUUCCUUAGGAGUUGAUGCUAGAUCGUUUGUGUUAUCAGAAUGUGAUAUGAGGGUGGUUAUAGUGUAUAAUGAAGAAAAUGCCAAGAAUGUAUUAGAUAGUAAUCCUCCCCCCUGCCUAAAGGUGUUAAUAACGAUUAAAGAUAUCCGUCCUAGAGUGGUAGAGGAGGCGGAUACAAUGGGUAUUAAGGUUCUCAGAUUUACAGAAGUUGAGAAAUUUGGUGCUAGAAAUAAGGUUCCCGAUGUGCCCCCUAACGUAGACGCAACAGCUACAAUUUGCUUUGCAAAACUAGCAGCCUUUGGAGAAACAACUUCAGAUAGACCAAAGGGAGUGAUGCUCUCACAUAGAAAUAUAAUGGCUGCAACAACUGCAUCUGUGCUUCAGCUCGGGGACUAUGCACCAAAGAAGACUGAUAUUCUCUUCUCCUUCUUACCCCUGGCUCAUACUCUAGAGAAGUGUUGUGAACUAGCAGUAUUCCUCGCAGGUGGCGCUGUUGGUUUUUAUUCCGGAGAUUUAAGACUUGUAAACCAGGACAUGAAAGCUUUGAAACCAACAAUUUUGCCUGCAGUGCCCAGGUUUAUUAACCGGAUAUAUGACAGGGUGGUGACAGGAGCGAAUAGAUCUGCUAUAUCCAGGCAUAUCUUCAACAUGGCGCUUGCUUUCAAAACAGACGAGAUGUACAAGGGAGUAAUAAGGAAUAAUUCUGUCUGGGAUAAGCUGGUUUUCUGGUCAGUACGGAAGAAACUGGGAGGAAGGAUCCGUCUUGUUAUUGUUGGAUCUGCACCUUUAGCUGGUAAUGUUCUCACGUUUAUGAGAGCUGCACUGGGUUGUUUGAUUGUAGAAGGGUAUGGACAAACUGAGUGUGUAGCACCCUGUACAUUAACAGCUCCUGGGGAUCCUCAACCUGAUCAGGUUGGACCUCCUUUACCCUGCAACAAUAUAAAACUAGUUGAUGUCCCAGAUAUGGAAUAUUUUUCAGCUCAUGGCCAGGGCGAGGUGUGUGUGCUCGGCUCGAAUGUAUUCCAAGGGUAUUACAGGGACCCUGAGAGAACCUGUUUGGUGAUAGAUCAAGAUGGGUGGCUACAUACAGGAGAUAUAGGAGAGUGGCUACCAAAUGGAACUCUAAAGUUAAUUGAUAGAAAGAAGCAUAUUUUCAAGGUGGCACAAGGUGAAUAUGUUGCUCCUGAAAAGUUGGAGGAGAUUUAUGCUAAAAGUAUGUUCGUGUCCCAGGUAUUUAUUCAUGGUGACUCUGUAAAAUCUUGUGUUGUUGGUAUAAUAGUUCCCGAUAUUCAAUCUGUUCAGGAUUGGGCCGGAAGAAGAAAAAUGCCAAACGAUUCUUUCACAGCUCUCUGUAACUCCAGAGAAGUAAAAAAUCUGAUCAUGAAAGAACUUGAAGAUUUAGCCCGCGAAUUUCAAAUCAAGAACUAUGAAAAAGUAAAGGUAAUAUAUUUAAAGGAAGUAUCCUACCUAACAACUAACCUGUUUAGGAAGUAUCCUACCUAA